AUGGAUGGUUUCGCUGAAGCCAACCAACUACUCUCCUCGGCACUGGAGCAGUUGGAUGACAUCAUUCGGAAUGGUAACACAACUUCUCGUAGUACAACUACAAUUGGAUCUGGACCAACACCAAUUCUCAAAAAAUCAUUUCGAGAUCUCCUCCCACCUCCACCAGCUCUCAGAUCGACAUUCUCCCCAAGAAUAAUGGAAAAUGGUAUGCCCAGCAUCUCCCAUAAACAACAUAUAAAUGAUGACAUCGACAAUGGGAAUGCAGACGACGAGAGAUCUAGUCGAGAAAUAAACCGACAGUGGAUCAGUACUGAUUGGAAGCAUCGGACGGACUUGGGCUCCGACGGAUCAUCUGGUGUUGAAUCACCACCAUCAGACCUUCCGACUUCUUCAUCAUCGCUUUUCAACCCACCAAGGAUCUAUCAGGAAUUUGUGAAGGCUAUCGACGAGCACACAAUGACAGAAAGACCGGAUUUAGAGACAAGACUAAAAAUCAUGAAAUGGGUUGCUGGUAGAACGAGAAGAAGAAGAUAUCAACGUGAGCUAUUUGGGUUAGUAGGGUUAAAGUCGGCUGAUUCGAUUUUUUUCUGA